UGCAGCCCGCUUCAGCUCGCCCGAGCCAGCGCUGGGGUGGCCCGGCCCAGCGAUGCCGCGCACGCCCCGGUGCCGGGCCGUGCGCGCACUCUUGCGUAGCCGCUACCGCGAGGUGCUGCCGCUGGCGACGUUUGUGCGGCGCCUGAGGCCCGAGAGCCGCCGGCUCGUGCGGCGCGGGGACCCAGCCGCCUUCCGCGCCUUGGUGACCCAGUGCCUGGUGUGCGUGCCCUGGGACGUGCAGCUGCCCCCCGCCGCGCUCUCCUUCCGCCAGGUGUCCUCCCUGAAGGAGCUGGUGGCCCGGGUGGUGCAGAGGCUGUGCGAGCGCCGCGCCAGGAACGUGCUGGCCUUCGGCUUCGCGCUGCUGGAUGGCACCCGCGGCGGCCUGCCCUGGCCCUUCACCACUUGCGUGCGCAGCUACGUGCCCAACACUGUGACGGAGACGCUGCGCGGCAGCGGUGCGUGGGGACUGCUGCUGCGGCGGGUGGGCGAUGAUGUGCUCGCGUACCUGCUGUCGCGCUGUGCGCUUUACCAGCUGGUGGCCCCGAGCUGCGCCUACCAGGUGUGCGGGCCGCCCCUCUACGAGCUCCGGGCCAGGCCCCAGCACCAGCUUGCACCACCACACACAGGCAGAAACCGCAUGGGCCUCGAAUCCACGCGACGUGUCUGGAGUGGCUGCCACAGCGAGUCCGGGGCGCCCCUGUGCUCGCCAGCGGCGGGUUUGAGGCGGCGGCGAAGUAGCGCACACGAAAAUCCACCAUUGGCCAAGAGGCCAAGGUGCACGCUUCCCGAGCAGGUAUCCAGGGCAGUCGGUGGCGAUCCCCACAUGGACGAUAGGAGCUCAGACCCUGGGCGCCCCAGGGCCUCCACCAAAGUGACCUACCAGCACAAGGCCAGUCGCCCAUCUGUGCAGCAGAAACCGCCUCCAAAGGGCUCUGGGCGCGCGCAGCUCUACGUGGAGACGCAGCGUUUCCUCUACUGCAGCGGGGACCAGGAGCAGCUGCGUCCCUCUUUCCCGCUCAGCUCGCUGCCGCCCAGCCUAGCGGGGGCCCGGAGGCUGGUAGAGGCCAUCUUCCUGGGCUCCCCAUCCCGGCCUGGCCGCAGAACUAACCGCCUGCCUGCGCGCUACUGGAGGAUGCGGCCCUUGUUCCAGAAGCUGCUGGCAAACCACGUGCGGUGCCCCUACCACGCGCUGCUCCUUGCCUACUGCCCGCUGCGGGCGCCCCCAAGCCAGGUCUCGAACUCCCAAACCCUGCUGCCGCUUCUGCGCCAGCACAGCAGCCCGUGGCAGGUGCUGGCCUUCCUGCGCGCCUGUCUGCGUCGCCUGGUUCCCACGAGCCUCUGGGGCUCCCGGCGGAAUGAGCGCCGCUUUCUGAGGAACACAAAGAAGUUGGUCUCGCUGGGGAAGCGCGGCCGGCUCUCACUGCAAGAGCUGACCUGGAAGAUGAGGGUGCAGGACUGCACCUGGCUGCGCAGGGGUCCAGGGUGUGUCUGUGUCCCAGCCGCUGAACACCGGCUGCGGGAGGAGAUCCUGGGCCGCUUCUUGUUCUGGCUGCUGGACACCUGUGUGGCCGGGCUGCUCGGCUCCUUCUUCUAUGUCACUGAGACCACAUUCCAGCGGAACCGGCUCCUCUUCUACCGCAAGAGCGUGUGGUGCAGGCUGCAAGGCAUGGGCGUCAGGCAGCACCUGGAGCGUGUGCGGCUGCGCGAGCUGUCAGAUGCUGAGGUUCAGCGCUGGCGCCAGGCCUGGCCACCACUGCCCGAGGCUAGGCUGCGUUUCAUCCCCAAGCCCAGUGGGCUGCGACCCAUCGUGAGCGUGGACUCCAUGGCAGGGGCCAGGACCUUCCGCAGAGAGAAGGCCCAGCAGUGGACCUCACACAUCAAGACACUUUUCAGUGUGCUCAACUACGAACGGGCACGACGGCCAGGGCUGCUGGGUGCCUCUGUGCUGGGCCUGGAUGACGUCCACCGUGCCUGGCAGGCCUUCACAUUGCGCAUGCGGGCCCAGGACCCGCCCCCCCGGCUGCACUUUGUCAAGGUGGACGUCACAGGGGCGUUCGACACCAUCCCACAGGACAGACUGGUGGAUGUGAUGGCCCGUGUCCUGCAGCACUCAGAGAGGACCUACUGCAUGCGUCGCUUUGCCACUGUGCGCCGAGCACCCCUAGGCUGCAUCCACAAAUCCUUCAAGACACACGUGUCCACCCUGGAGGACCACCAGCCAUACAUGGGGCAAUUCGUGGAGCACCUGCAGAAGAGCAAGUCCCUGAGGGAUGCUGUUGUUGUUGAGCAGAGCUGCUCCCUGAACGAGACCAGUGACGACCUGUUCGCCUUCUUCCUGCGCUUUGUUCACCAAAGUGUUAUCCACGUUGGGGGCCGGUCCUACGUGCAGUGUCAGGGGAUCCCACAGGGCUCCAUGCUGUCCACACUGCUCUGCAGCCUGUGCUAUGGGGACAUGGAGAACUCGCUGUUCCCCAGUAUCCAGCAGGAUGGGGUGCUCCUGCGCUUGGUGGAUGACUUCCUAUUGGUGACGCCGCACCUGACACACGCAAAAGCCUUUCUCAGGACCCUGGUCCAAGGCGUCCCCGAAUACGGCUGCCAAAUAAACCUGGAGAAGACAGUGGUGAACUUCCCAGUGGAGGAGACGACACUGGGUGGCCAGGUUCUCCUACAACUGCCUGCCCACUGUCUGUUUCCCUGGUGCGGCUUGCUGUUGGACACCCGGACCCUUGAGGUGUCCUGUGACUACUCCAGCUUCGCAGGAACGUCUGCCAGGUCCAGCCUCACCUUCAACCCUGGCCCCCAGGCUGGGAGGAGCCUGCGGCACAAGCUCCUGGCCGUCCUGCGGCUCAAGUGUCAUGGGCUGUUCCUGGAUCUGCAGGUGAACAGCCUUCACACCGUCUGCGUGAACUUGCACAAGAUCCUCCUGCUGCAGGCCUACAGAUUCCAUGCGUGUGUGCUCCGGCUUCCAUUCAACCAGCAAGUACGUAGUAACCCAUCCUUCUUCCUGAGGGUCAUCUCAGACACUGCGUCCUGCUGCCACUCCAUCCUGCAAGCCAAGAACCCAGGGAUGCUGCUGGGGGCCAGGGGCGCCUCGGGCCUCUUCCCCUUGGAAGCCACCCUCUGGCUGUGCUAUCACACCUUCCUGCAGUGGCUGGGCCGCCACCAAGCCUCCUACAAGUGCCUGUUGCCAGCACUCAGAACAGCCCAGGCCCAGCUGCGUCAGAAGCUGCCUGAGGCCACCCUGAGUGCCCUGGAAGCUGCAACUGCCCCAGCCCUGACCACGGACUUCAAGGCCAUCCUGGACUGAAACUCUGCCAGCCCCACACGUCUGACACUGUGAGGGGUGGGGCUUGGUCUGUCUUCCCUGCGGUCCACCCAUCAAAGCACCAGGAAGAGCUGACCGUGAACAGUGAGCCUGACUGUGAGUUCCUGCCCCAUGAGACG